ACGUGUUUUAACACCAACGUUGAUGCAGUUCAAACGACCUUAUUACUUGGACAUUUAAAGUUGUUUUCGUUUGACCCGCUUGUGUAGAAUCUAGCUAGUACUUAAUCACAAUUUGUGACCAUCAUACGAGUGGUACUGCGUUCGAAUAAAAUCAUUCGCAGUUGAUUUCCAGCACUAAUCGAAACUUUGACCAUCCAUUUUUGAAUCAGUCUUUUGAAAAAGCUUCGAGGAAUCAAUGAUCGAGCUCUGAUGCAUAAUAUGGAAGAACGCGUAUUAUACGCGCGAAAUAGACAGCCGGGUUUAAAGCCAGCCGUAGUAGGAGGGAAUCCAAUCACCGAAGAACUGGCAAUCGAACUUCGUGUGACAGCAUUCGGUACUUCUUCAUGCCCACCACGCGGAGAAUGGAUCCAUACUCCUCUCAUCAUGAGACCCUCAGACCAGCCCCUUGGUUAUGGUCUCGCUGCACCGCGGAAUGGGACCAGAUCGCUUCUAGCUGGUCUUCAAGCGCACAUUAUUAAAUGGUUGCUCUUCGAUUCACGUCCUAUGACAAAGGAUAAUAAGUCUGUGGAACCACCUGACAGCUAUUUACGUCCUAACGAAGAUCGUCAAGAAGAAGCAUUGUGGCGAGCUUGCAGCGAAGUGAUAUGGCGUUGUGGUGGUGGCUUCACUGCUCAAACUGAAGUAAAAGUCGUGGUAGCUCUGCCAACCAGCACCAUCUAUGUGCAGCACAGUUCUUCGUAUUAUCAAGAUGGGAUCACUGAAAUGCUGCACUUAUUCGAAUUUAUAAGUUUGGAGGAUUUGCAGAUAUUUUUCAAGAGAUACUUGUAUUUGUUUCAGUCUGAAGACGGUUCGGGUUCUCUGCUGCUAUUAUACGCCUGCAUCUUAUCGAGAGGCUGCGAGAACAUUAAAAAAGAUCUCGACGGUAAGCUGACCUAUCUUGUGUCGACCCAAGUGGAGGGAUCACUCAAUGUGACGACCCUCCUUCUGUCCGGACGGGCGACGCCUUAUUUGCAUAACGGAGUGCAAUACGUUGGCGAUGAAGAUCAUUAUGCUAUGCCGCAAUUCGGGGUGCUAUCACGAAGCCCCGUGGGUCUUCUGGUUUGGUAUGGAAACGAUGACAACGUCACUAAAAAUAUAUCGAGGCAGUAUCCUGGAUCGAGGCUUAAAACCCCGGCUCUGCCUAUUUGGGUAACAAGCUGCUCUGGUCACUAUGGUGUGCUUUUUAACACUAAUCGUGAGCUUUUGAGGAACUAUCAUGCUGAACGAAGAUUUGAUAUUCACUACUACACAUGUGGAGGAUGCCAUGUAAUUCUGAACGUGGAUACUCGAGCUCACGAAGACAGUGUGACUUUGAGAAAUGAUGACAUCAGUGCAACCCCACUGGAGAAACUUAUUCAUACUAAGUGGCAGGACGCCAAGAUCACUUGGUCUGGCCCGGUGCCCUUUGCGGGAGACUCGCCGAACUAACGGCUUAGUGUCUAAUUGCUCCAGCAAUCGGCUUUGGUCUAGUGGAGCUGAAUCUAGCCGUUAUAAUUGCUUUACGAUAUCAUUCAACUUAAUUAUAUCGUAUAUGACGUAGAUUUUAGAUGCGUUUUAUUAUUUUGCUUGUUAUAUU